AUGGCCAACACCCAAACAUUAAAGGAGCUGGCUGCCCCGGAGCUGAUUCACCAGCCCUUAUGCAUCACAUUCCCCACUCUGGCUGAGAAUACUGCUUUCGAACUGAAGUCGGGGCUGAUUCACCUCUUACCUUCUUUCCAUGGUCUCUCUGGUGAAGAACGCCACAAGCACGUUAAGGAGUUCGAGGUGGUUUGCUCUAGUAUGAAACCUCCUGAGGUCACUGAAGAGCAAAUUAGACUGAGAGUCUUUCCGUUCUCUCUCAUGGAUGCAGCUAAAGAUUGGCUGUACUACCUACCAGCAUGUAGUAUUAUCACAUGGGCACAGUUGAAGAAGAAGUUUUUGGAAAAAUUCUUCCCUGCAUCCAGGGCUGCGAGUUUGAGGAAGGAAAUCUGCAGCAUUAAACAGUAUUCCGGGGAGUUCUUGUAUGAAUAUUGGGAAAGAUUUAACAAGUUGUGCACUAGAUGCCCGCAGUAUCAAAUUAGUGAACAACUGUUAAUCCAAUACUUCUAUAAAGGACUCCAAUCAACUGAUAGGAGUAUCAUUGACGCUGCGAGUGGGAGAGCACUGGCAAACAAGACACCAAAGGAAGCAUGGGAGCUUAUUGAAGCUAGGGCAGAGAAUUCUCAACAGUUUGGCUUCCGUGAGAGUAACCCUACCCGCAGGGUUAAUGAGGUGGAGUCAACAUCUAUUCAGCAACAGUUAUCGGAGCUCACAUCCGUUGUUCGACAAUUAGCUGUGGGGAAUGUGCCCCAAGUAAAGGCCUGUGGAAUCUGCACAAAUAUGGGCCACCAUACUGACUCAUGCCCUAUGUUGCAAGAAGAUGGGGCUGAACAAGUGAACAUGGCUGGAGCGCGUGCCCGCGCUUCGUAG